UUCGAUUAUGACGAGCUGGAAUCAAAUCUGAAGAAGCUGGAGCAUGACUGUAAAGCAUCGUGGGAUUAUCUGGCCAAAAUUAGCAAAAAUGACACUUCAUCAUCAAUGAAGCAGAAAAUUAACGAUUACUUAAAUGACGUGGCUCAACGAAUCCACCAACUUAAAGCUAUCUAUAGGAUCGCUUUCAAUAGGCUGGAAGUACCAUCGCUGAAGCCAAUGGCUGUUUUCAAGAUGGUCAUUGAGUUUGCAUUAGAAUAUCGUACAACACGAGACAAAAUCCUGCAGCAGCGAAAACGGCUAGCAGACAAACGUGAACGUAAUAAAACACGUGGUAAAAUAUGGGCCUUGGAACAAAGUGGUAAGGAAGGUGGAAGCGAAGUAAGUGGGAGCCGAAGGCUUGCUCAAACACAGAUGAACGCUGAACAGGUUGCUCUUUCUUUUCACUAG